GAAACAUGCCUUUGUUCGCCUCUUAUCCUCUCAUUUCUUGUCAUACCUCUCCUACAGCUCUGAUAUUCCUGGGAACAAAAGCGCUCCUUACUGCAGUGGCGAAAGCUGGACAUUGUAUCGAGUUAAGAGCAUUUAAAAGCUGCUUUUUUUUCACCAGUCUCCACGGUAUCAAUUUCCUCAGAGAAAUUGUCACAAUGUUGCAGUAUUUAUUGACGAUAUUUCUGGGCUGUGUGUCUGUGCUGCUGUUCUGUGCGUUCUGCAGACGGAAGCAGGAGGAUGAGCCCCCACUCAUUAAAGGCUGGAUUCCGUUCCUUGGAAAAGCUUUGGAAUUCAGAAAAGACUCUUAUCAGUUUCUCACAAAACUGCAACAGAAGCAUGGAGACGUUUUUACUGUACUUAUAGCAGGGAGAUACAUAACAUUUGUGAUGAACCCUCUUCUGUACCCAUCUGUGAUCAAACACGGAAAACAGUUGGAUUUCCACACCUUCUCAGACAGUGCAGCAUCCAAAGCAUUUGGUUAUCCACCGAUGCAAACUGGUCGCUUCCCUGGAUUGAGUGAUAGCAUUCAUAGGACCUACACCUUGCUGCAGGGGCCCGCCCUCGACCCGCUCACAUUCAAAAUGCUAGGAAACUUGCAGCAGGUCCUGCGACAACUUUUACUGUCAAGUGAGGGGGCAGAGCCUGAUGGGGAUUGGCAGGAGGUGGAGCUGUAUGAAUUCUGCAAAUGUGUAAUGUUUGAGGCCACAUUUAAAACACUGUACGGACAGUCAUCACACCUGAAGCUGGAUCAGCUGCGAGAGGACUUUGAGAAGUUUGAUGUCUUUUUCCCUUUACUAAUGGCCCGUGUGCCCAUUAGCUUGCUGGGGAAAACCAAAGAGAUCCGUGAGAAGCUGACAAGAUUUUUCUACCCUCAUAGAGUGGCACAAUGGAAUGCUCCAUGUGAAUUCAUACAGACCCGAACAGCCCUGUUCCAACAAUAUGAUAUGCUUCAAGACCACGAUAAAGCAGCACAUCAUUUUGCCAUGUUGUGGGCAUCAGUGGGAAACACCAUCCCAGCAGCUUUCUGGUGUCUUUACCACCUCCUUUCCUGUCCAGAAGCCCUUGCUGCAGUGCAGGCAGAGAUUGUGAAUGUGGUUGGAGAGGAGAAAAUGCAGUCAAUCUGCAAAGAGGACAUUACGAUAACACGGAAACAGCUAGAGCAAAUGAUUUAUCUGGAGAGUUCAGUGAAUGAGAGUUUGCGUCUCUCCUCUGUAUCAAUGAACAUCCGUGUGGUUCAGGAAAAUUUUUGUUUGCGUCUGGAUGCCCAGCAUUCCAUCACCCUGCGAAAAGAUGACAUCAUUGCUCUUUACCCUCAAAGCACACACCUUGAUCCUGAAAUAUACACACAGCCUCAGCAGUUCCAGUUUGACCGAUUCGUGGAGGACGGGAAGGAGAAAACAGAGUUUUAUAAAUGUGGCCAGAAAGUCCGGUACUACCGUAUGCCAUUCGGCUCCGGGGCCACGCAGUGUCCGGGGCGUUUUUUUGCGUUGAAUGAGCUGAAACAGUUUAUUUGUGUUAUGCUGCUCAUGUGUGAAAUGCAAUUGCCACAAAACCAGCAGGAGGCGACGCUAGACACCAGCCGUGCUGGUCUUGGCAUCAUGCCACCCACCAAUCCCAUCCCUUUCAGAUACAGACCCAGAAAAGCACAGGACUACAUUGAGAGUGAGGAAUGACCAGAAUGACAGGAGAGAGAGAGAGAGAGAGAGAGAGAGAGAGAAAUAAAGUUGUCUAUUCAUUACAUUAUCAUUUCACUUUUGUUUUCCACAGGAGAGUAAAGAUCUGCACUUAUUCUGGGUUAAUUAAAAACUUGUGAAUAACACUGGCUGGCUACAAUAUGAGACUGUAUUCACACGUAACGCUGGAAGGAAAUAUCUGUUAAAUCUACGUAUGGAACUUUGGGCUCUCUAUCAACAUCUGUGGUUGAAAGAUAAAAUUCCAAGUUGCUGAGGAACAUUGUUUUGUUUUUUUACAUCAGUUGUACUUCGGCACUACUCUUCUGCGUGGAUGAAUCUGAUGGUUUGAGCUAUAUCCAUGGUUACCUGUGAUCACUAUAUCAGAGUGGAUCUGACUAGCUUCACCAAGAGUCGGAUUCAGAAAAAAGAAAUACAGUAUAUAUGAAAUAUAUGCUGUCUGAGUAAAUAAGUAGCAUAUAUGCCGCUGGACCUUCUUUACAUAAACACACAAGGACAAAUGACAGAAGCCUUAAAGUACCUGCCAAAUCGGACCCUACAGCUCUGAAUAUAAAUUAUUAUUAUAGGCGUAUCGUAGUGAAUGGGGAAAAGGAAAGAACGUGGUUUUGAACAAUUUCUAACAAAUUAAACAAGAACUCUUCUCUAGUGUACCUUUAAGAAUACAUUUUAAAUUUCAGACAACAAAAUGUCUAUCAGUGUUUUAUACACUGAUUCAAAGAGCUGUCUACAUAACAAACUGUCUGCCAUAAGUUUGAUCUUGUUCCUGGUUGUAGACUCAUAUAGGGGCAAAAGCUGCAAAUGGCAGAAAAUUGUGGCAUGGGCAGAAGCUUAUUAAUCCAAACUAACUGCUGUUUUAACUGUGAUUUCAGCACUUAACAUUAAAAGGCAAACAUUUGUGACUUUAAACAUUGAUUUUCAAAGCAUCCACCAAAACAUUUCAUCAGGAUUAAUGGACAGUUCUAAAAUGCAUAUGGAAUAAACAAUGGAAAUCUACUGUGUCUGUGU